AUGCCGAAUGAUUGGUGCACACCUACCCAGGUGCCUACUACCAAUAAGGUAUUCGAGGAAAAGGCUGGCAAUGAUCCCAAUGCUCAGUUCAGCAUUCAUUAUGCCACCUCCAACCAUAAUGGACCGACCUACCCCACUCGUGGUGAGCUCUACCAGCCACCCGCCGGGCGAGGUGCUGCGUUCCCUCAGAUCGCCAAUGUCGGCGGCAUUCUUGUUGCCUCCUACAUGUCUGAUGUAAAUGGGCCUAAUCUGAAUUUAGAGGACGGCGCAGACUUCUUGGUAGGGACCAGUACCGACGAUAGCUUCACCUGGAGUGACCCAACUUUGAUAGGUAGUGGUACCCACCGGCCAGGUCUUCUCGCCCUUGACAGCACGACCUUCUUGGCUCUGUGGACAUCAGAUGACCUUGCGGGAUUGCUGGGAAUCCCCCUACUCGAGCACACCGUCCAGAUAACGAAUACGAAAUAUGGCGAGAUCAUCGAAUUGUUGUUCCCUCUCGAUUCCACAUCAUCGAGGUAA